AUUUUUUAAUAUGGCGGCACCAUCGUAUCCCACAUUUUCUAAUGGCGGUAUGCUCUCCUAAAUAAUAGAAUCAACGAAAAAAAUAUAUUUCACUCCAUUUUAAAGCUUAAUAAUACUUAUGCAAUGACUUCAAACAAAGUGGACUGGGGUAAACAUGCCGACGAACAAGAAAGUUUAGCUUCAAAGGUCACAAAUCUAGACAUAGGUACUCCAGUUAAUGAUGCUGUUAGUGAUUCCAAGAGCGAUGAAGAACAAAUUUCACCUGCAGAGAAGUCCCUUCUGCAAAAAAUUAUUCGCAAAGGAUUGGUGGAAACCACAAAAGAUUUGGAAAUCCAGAGAAGAGAUCCUACAUCACCUUUAUACAGUAUAAAAACAUUUGAAGCACUUCAUCUAAAGCCAGAACUGUUAAAAGGAGUCUAUGCUAUGGGCUUUAAUACACCAUCGAAAAUUCAGGAGACAGCUUUGCCUACACUACUUGCUGACCCGCCACAGAACAUGAUUGCACAGUCUCAGUCUGGUACUGGAAAGACAGCAGCAUUUGUACUUGCUAUGCUGAGUAGAGUGGAUACAAGUAAAGAUUAUCCUCAAGUACUGUGCUUAUCACCGACAUACGAAUUAGCUAUUCAAACUGGAGAAGUGGCAGCAAAAAUGUCUCAGUUUUGUCCUGAAAUAAAAUUGAAGUAUGCCGUCAGAGGGGAAGAAAUACCGCGUGGAACGAAGAUUACAGAUCACAUUAUAAUAGGGACUCCAGGAAAAGUUUUGGAUUGGGGUAUAAAGUUUCGAUUCUUUGAUUUGAAAAAAAUUUCUGUCUUUGUUCUGGAUGAAGCUGAUGUCAUGAUCGCCACUCAGGGUCAUCAAGAUCAAUGUAUCCGUAUUCACAAAUUACUUCCACGUACAUGUCAAAUGAUGUUCUUCUCUGCCACGUACGAAACUGCAGUGAUGGAAUUCGCAGAAAUAAUAGUUAGUAAUCCUUUAAUAAUACGUUUGCUGAAGGAAGAGGAAAGCUUGGAUAAUAUUAAACAGUACUAUGUCAAAUGUAAGAAUAUGGAUGAGAAGUAUAACGCUAUUACAAAUAUUUAUGGCGUUAUCACUAUUGGGCAAGCAAUAAUUUUCUGUCACACAAGAAAAACUGCUAGUUGGUUAGCGGAAAAGAUGACAAAAGAUGGACAUGCAGUGGCUGUAUUAUCAGGCGACUUGACUGUUGAACAAAGAAUCGCAGUUUUGGAUCGAUUCCGUGCUGGUCUUGAAAAGGUUCUGAUCACAACAAAUGUAUUAGCAAGAGGAAUCGACGUGGAGCAAGUUACUAUUGUUGUGAAUUUUGACUUACCAAUGGAUCAGAAUCGUCAGGCUGAUUGUGAGACUUACUUACAUAGAAUAGGGAGGACAGGAAGAUUUGGCAAAUCAGGAAUUGCCAUAAAUCUUAUAGACUCAUCUCAUGCAAUGCAACUGUGCAAAGACAUUGAACAACAUUUCGGAAAGAAGAUUCAAUACUUGGAUGCAGAGGAUGCGGAUGAAAUAGAAAAGAUUGGAGCUUAAUACUUUAAGAAGAAACAAAGACAUUUUUUAUAUUUAAUAAGGUGUUCUGUAUAUUCUUCACAAUUAAAAAGGUCCACUAUAGAAUUAUACUUUCUGAUUUGUAUAUUAGUUUCUGACAUGGAAAACGACAAAUUCGUAAGACUGCAAACAAUAUAGAACUUAUGAAAGUCAGAAUUAUUCUGUAUGCUGGACAUAGUGAUAAUUAUGAACACCCAAGAGUUCUAAUUUUUUUCAAUUAUAUUUAACAUCUUUAUUGCCUGAAUGUUUCUGUUGUGUUUAACAUACCACAUGUAGCUAAGCUUAACGUUUAAUUUUGUAACAAAUAGAAAGUAUCAUUUUAACAUCGGACUAAAACGUUUAGAAGAUAACCAAUAGAAUUACUUAAUAAUACAAUACAUAUUUCUCAACGCUAAGUUACCGUAUACUGUGUUAAAGAGUUAUUUCUCGUAUAUACUUUGCAAUAAAAUACUUUCUAAGUUGCAUAUAA